CCCUUUAUCAUCGGGAAUCGGAGGUUUUAGGCUGCUGACCACGAAGGACGCUGAUGCUGUGAACAAGAUGUCGAUUUGGCCACGCAGGUCAACCAUAUAUAUGGCAGACUUCCCAGAAAACAGACAACCUCCCAGCAGACACUGAUGUCUCCAAUCUCCCUGGUCGAGCUGAAUAAUGGCACAAAGAUUCCGAUUAUAGGUGCUGGUGGUGCUCCUAGCGCCUUCACAACUGAAGGUUGUGUUGCUGCUAAGAAAUGGAUCUUGACGGCAAUUAAGGCGGGGUAUAGGCACAUCGAUACAGCCAUGGUUUAUGGGACGGAGAAAGUCAUCGGCGAGGCUAUCAGAGAGUCUGGUAUCCCUCGUGAAGAAUUCUUCAUCACGACCAAACUGCCGUUCAACUGCCAAGAUCGUGUCGCCGAAUCGUUCGACUUGAGUCUUGAGAAUCUCGGGAUGGACUACGUCGACCUGUACCUGAUGCAUUGGCCCAUGACCGUCCCUUACCGAGAAACCUGGAUGGAUUUCCCGCUAGAUUCCGACGGUUCUCUCCUCACAGUCGAUUCCCCCACCUUCAAUGAGUCCUACGCAGAAAUCGAGAAAAUAUACGCUAGCGGGAGGGCCAAGGCCAUAGGAGUGAGCAACUUCUCCAUCAAGACGCUUGAAGAGCUUCUCAAAACGGCUACAGUCGUUCCGGCAGUAAACCAGAUAGAGCGACAUCCCUACCUCGCAGGGCGCGAGCUCAUUGCGUACCACAAGAAGAAAGGCAUUGCUACCGAGGCGUAUUCUCCUGGAGGUAAUAAAAACGCCAUCCGAGAAGACCCAGUGAUCAACGAAAUCGCUGCAAAGCACGGUGUCUCCCCCACGCAAGUCAUCCUCGCAUGGCACAUUGCGGGAGGCGUGAUUAUCCUGCCCAAGAGCGAAAACGAGAAACGGCAGAAGGAAAAUAUCAAUCUCCCCACUUUGGAUGAAGAAGAUCUGAGGAGGAUAGAUGGAUUGGAUCAUGGUGAGAGACUGUGUAAUAAGAUUGAUGAGAAUGGGAAGGUUUUUGGAUGGACGAGGGAGCGCAUGGGAUGGUAGUCAUAGUCGAAGAAGCAAUUACGAAGAAACAGGAGCCAGGGCCAUUGCCAGUAUGUAUAAAUGAUCAAUUGCGGGCGCAUCUUAUCAGGAUUAACAAAAUUGUAAUGUCGUUAUUUCGGUCGUCUCACAUAAUACUCGGACCGAAAAUCAUGAUAGUUUCGCUAGCCGUAUCUCAGUCAACGUGCACCACUGAU